GCUAGCCUUGGUUCGAAAUAAAUUCCAGCUUCGAGGCACUGCAUAUGCAUUCGCAUUUCACCUCCUGCGUUGCCUCUCAGGCAGCCUUCCAGUGUCUCUACAAGAUGAAGGCCAUCUUUGUGGCAUUGGUGAUUUCAUUUCUUGUGGUUUGCAGUCUCGGGGAUGAUGGAGCUGCUGAGUUUGUUGUUCGUCAAGCAAACCAAGCACAAGAUCGAUGCAGGUGCUGGCUCCGUGGUACGACGCCAUGCCCAGGACCGCCCCCACCAGGACCGCCCCCACCAGGAUGCACGGAAAGUCCCAGUUCAAGCCCAACACCAAGCCCAUCUCCAAAGACCAGCCCCGCUCCAAGUCCAACUCCUCCAAAGACCAGCCCCGCUCCAAGCCCAUUUCCUCCAAAGACCAGCCCCGCUCCAAGUCCAUCUCCUCCAAAGACCAGCCCCGCUCCAAGCCCAACUCCGAAGGCCACUCCCAAGGCAUCAGGAGGGAAAGAUCAUUACGCUGCGACUCCAUAAGCACACGGCAUAACUCCACGGAAUAAGCCAGUGCGUCUCAGGGGACCUUAAUCUACGGCUCUCAUGACUUUAAAGAGCUUUGUAUUGUAUUGUGUUGUUCUUGUCCUGAGAAUAAAAGAAUGCCUAGAACUUGUA